UGCUCAAACACAUCUGCCAUUGCCCUCCCCCGAAAUUAGAGAAAAUAAAUAAAUAAAUAAACAAAUAAAAUCAUCGUGGGGAUUGGAAUUAGGGGGGGAAAAUGGUGGCGGCGGUGAACGAGACGCAGAUCAAAACGGCGUCGGAUGGAGCGUGGGAAGGGGACAGUCCACUCAACUACGCAUUUCCGCUGCUGAUAGUACAGACAGCGGUCGUGCUCUUCACCAGCCGCUUCCUCGACUUCCUCCUCCGUCCCCUCCGUCAGCCCAAAGUCGUCGCCGAGAUCCUCGGAGGGAUAUUAUUAGGACCGUCGGCGUUAGGACGAAACAAGGAGUUUCUAAAACUGGUGUUUCCUCCAUGGAGCACUCCCAUACUCGAAUCAGUCGCCAGCAUCGGUCUCCUCUUCUUCCUCUUCCUCGUCGGCCUCGAGCUCGACCUCGCCGUCCUCCGCCGCAGCGGCCGGAAGGCUUUCACCAUAGCCGUCGCCGGGAUCUCUCUCCCUUUCGUCUUCGGAGCCGCCAUCUCUCUCCUCCUCCGCCGAACCGCCGUCAACAAUCCACAUCAUCACCACGAGACUGUCGGGUACGGACAGUUCCUUGUCUUCAUGGGGGUCGCUCUCUCCAUCACAGCUUUCCCUGUGCUCGCCCGUAUCUUAGCCGAGCUCAAGCUCUUGACCACCCACAUGGGCCAGACCGCCAUGGCUGCCGCUGCGUUCAACGACGUCGCCGCAUGGAUCCUCCUCGCCCUCGCCGUCGCUCUCCCCGGACAUGGCGGUGGCUCCUCCUCCGACCAGAUCCACCACAAGGGCACUGGUUCCCCUUUGAUCUCCAUCUGGGUACUGCUGUCGGGCAUGGGAUUCGUCAUGUUCAUGAUGUUCGUGGUCCGACCGGCCAUGAAAUGGGUGGCGAGGGUGAGCUCGUCGGAGCAGGACGGGUCGAUCCACGAGGCAUGCAUAUGCUUAACCCUAGCAGGAGUGAUGGUGUCAGGGUUCAUCACUGACGUCAUCGGCCUGCACUCCAUAUUCGGAGCCUUCGUCUUCGGCCUGACCAUCCCGAAGGGAGGUUCCUUCAGCGAACGGCUCAUCGAGCGGAUCGAGGAUUUCGUGUCCGUACUGCUCCUCCCGCUCUACUUCGCGUCCAGCGGUCUGAAGACUGACGUGGCAAAGAUCCGAGGGGCGGAGGCGUGGGGGAUAUUGGCGCUGGUCAUAGCCACGGCCUGCGCCGGGAAGAUUCUGGGCACGUUCUUGACGGCCAUGAUGUGCACCAUCCCUGCUCGCGAGUCCCUCACGCUCGGCGUUUUGAUGAACACUAAAGGGUUGGUCGAGCUUGUUGUUCUCAACAUUGGAAGGGAGAAGAAAGUACUGAACGACGAGAUGUUCGCAAUUCUGGUGCUCAUGGCCCUCUUCACCACCUUCAUAACCACCCCUGUCGUCGUUGCCAUAUACAAACCCUUGAAUUCUCCCAACCCUAAAGCGCAAAGGAAUAUUUCCGGCGGCGGCCAGAAGGACGACGAAGACGUGGAGGAGGAGCUUCGGAUCCUGGCCUGUGUUCGCGGUCCUAGAGAUGUUCCUCCGCUCAUCCGACUCAUCGAAUCGUUCGGGACGCCGACGGCAAACCGAUCGCUCAAAAUCUACGUGAUGCAUUUGAUCGAGUUCACGGAUCGGCCAUCAUCGAUCGUAAUGGUCCAACGAGCGAGGAGGAAUGGCUUACCGUUCAUAAACCGGCUCUGCAAAGGCGGGGCCACGUCCCGGGAUCAGAUAGCAGCGGCGUUCAGUGUUUACGGGCAGCUCAGGACCCAGAGCCAGAGGGUCAGGAUCCGCCACCUGAAAGACAUAUCGUCCCUGCCGACAAUGCAUGAGGAUAUAUGCCAUGUGGCGGAAGAUAAGAGGGUGUCGAUGAUAGUCUUACCGUUUCAUAGGCAUUGGAGCAGAGAUGGGGAUGAAGGGAUGCCGAUGGGUAGGUUUGCGACGGGAUGGAGAGCAGUUAACCAGAGGGUGAUGGAGAAUGCAAAAUGCUCGGUCGGGAUUUUAGUCGACAGAGGGUUUGGACAGAGGCUGAGCCACGAGGUAGAAGAAGGGGCUAGCAAUGGCGGGCAGAGGCGGGUCGGUGUGGUGUUCAUUGGUGGACCAGACGACAGGGCGGCUCUUAAGACGGCGUUGAAGAUGGCUCAACACCCGAGGACCAGAGUAACUCUUCUGCAAAUCCAAGAUAAGGUUACCGACGAGUGCUCCAUCAGUUCGCCGCAACACGAGAAGGAGAAGGACGAAGCAGCAAUGGCGGAGUUUAAGAAACGGUGUGACGGUUUAGUAGAGUGUGAACAGAGAGUGGUUGAUGGAAACUUAAGACAGUUUAUAGAGGAAACGGGAAGGAGCAAGGAUUACGAGCUACUGAUCAUAGGAAAGCAACAGAAACCUCUGGCCGAAACAGGCGCUGAACUGGAAACUCAUCCAAUGGAAGGACAAGAACUAGGAUUUAUGGGUGAUGUCUUGGCAUCAUCUGACCAUGGCAUACAGGUUUCUGUCCUAGUGAUCCAAAGCGGAGAUGCUAAAACAGUAGAGGGGAUAAAUGUUUGAUGUAAUAUGCAUGAAUAAUCAGCUCAACUCAAUUUCAAUGGUGAUAUUGAAAAGAGUGUGAUAUCUUAGGAGUUCCGAACCUUUUGUGAAGCCAUAGCCAUUACCCAUCUCAUUAUUCCCCAAGAUUUGCAGUAAAUUUUCUAGGGUUUUAUCGAAAUUGUAAUGACACAAGAGAGGUAACAGAGAAGAUGACUACUCAAUCCUCUUGGACAAUA